GUAAUCUAUUUUACUUUGGUGUUUCCCACCGAUCCGCUGUAGUUUCUAAAUAACUGUUAACUACUUCGGGCUGCUAAAUACACUGCUUUCUUUCGAGUCUAGAAUACAUAUGUAUCUGAUACGUCCGAUGCAAUAAAUCUACCGUUUCACGGCGUGCGGUUGUCUUUGCACAAUUAGGCGAAAUCUUUUGGACAUCCGAGAGUAAGAAAUCGGAGAUGGCCGGUAAGUCACAGGAAGACGAAGAGUUUCAGCAAAUUCUAAGUGAAAUCGGGGGUAAAGAGAGGAUACAUCUUGUAAGCGAGUCCUGGAAUCCCCAGGACGGAAACCCACCGCAGCUCGUUGAGGAAUUGGUGAAGGAUAUAUUUCAUUCUCCCUUCCUUGAGUACCGAGAUGACGCAACUGACAACUUUAAUCACAUGGCGAGUAAUAUAAGUAACGGAUCCGUGUCUGCUGGCGAUAAAAGCCAAGAAAAUCAAACAUCCUUCGAAAGGACUUCAACAAGCAACUAUGUAUCCAGGGCGAAAGCCUUGCAUUCUUCCCAAGGGGGCGAGUUAAUGCAGCCUCAGAGGCCACAGGGUUUGGAAAUGAAUGCAAAACGGGAUGAAGAGGACACCGAAAAAGCAACGGCAGUGAAACGGGGUAUUUUUAACAAGAGCUGCGAUCCCCGCGGCAUUCAUCGGGCCAUCGAUUCGCCAAUAAUAAUAUUUAUUUUUAGGCAGGAAUUUAUCAUUUGUAUAGAAAACAGGAUCUGCUUGAAGGAAAUCCUUAAAGAUGUGAAAGUCCGACUGAAAAAAACCGGUGUCGUUCCUGCAUUGCUAGGAUUGGUGUACUUAAGAGGUCAAAGCAGAGAAACGUGUACAUCCAUAGCGGUUUUGGAUCAACUUAUGCGGUCAGUGUUCAGAAGCCACUCCUCUGAAACGAUCUGGGUCGGACCUUUCGUGCCAAAUACGGCAGAUGGGACGCAUACAAUAAAAAAAAAUGUCUGCAGGACACUACAAUCAUCUCUUCGCAGAGGUAAUGCUGUGAACAGAGGGAGCGGCUUAUCAGAAAUGUUACAGUGCUUUCCGUGGUCUCACAGAGGAGUUCAGAGAAACGCAGCCACCAGCACCUCCAUUAACGGGAAGCAAGGUGGAGCAGACUGUGUGGAAGAGUGUGUACCCCUGACGAAGACCUCCACAGCCAACGUGCAGCAGGCGGGCUGUAACAUGAGCGGAUAGCAGAGCCAAACUGUCCAUUUCUUAUGCCCUAAAGCGCCAGGCUGCACAGCUUGCAUGAGUUUAUGUUGAAUAAGAAUUAUACUAUAAUCAAUUUAUCAUUAGGAAAAUAAUGUAUAACUUUAACAACGAUAUGACUUUUGUGUAUUACUGAAAAUUAAACAACUUCAUGGUAUAUUUUGGAAUUUAAAGACGCACACAUUUCCCAGUCUUGUUAAAGAAGUGUAAUAUAUGUGCUUAAUGAUUACAACCACAGAAAAUCUUUUGUCAACUUAACAGACUUCAGUUAAAGGCACCAUUUUAAAAUAACACCGAUGGUAACACUGGAUCCUGUUCAUAGUGCAUUACAGAUUUGUAUAAGCCAGGUUUUUAAUAUGUGAAAAAUCUAUGAUUUGAGGCAAUUAAUUUGAUUGCUGCGUUUCUUAGUUUUAUAUAUAUAUGCAAUUAUAUUUUUAUUUAAAAAAAAAAACAGCAGCCAAGGUUGCAGGAGCAUCUCAUUCACCAUUUUAUAUAUUUAAUUUAUUAAUGGUGAAUAAUUGUUUUUCACGUGUCUCAAUGGCACUAGAUUUGUAUUUAAUCUUCAAUGUUUUUCUCUCAAAAAUGGACGAAAUAUCUGCUCCUUUUUAAAGUUUUGAAGGCCAUAGAUGAUUUGCACAAUAAAUGCUUUUUCUGUUAUUAUUGAAUGCAUCCCUUGAGUGGAAUGUUUAAAGGUAAUUGUCCUGAACAGUUUAAUCAGUAACAUUAAAUAUGGGUAUUAAAUUACAUUAGUUAAUGUAUUCAUUUAGUUUAACACUUGAUACAGUUCUUAAUACUGAUCUUCAUUCUUAUUGUAUUUCUUGUUGGCCAAUAUAUAGCCCUGUCUUUUACAUAUUAUUACCAAAUAUUUAAAAGUCAGUUGAUAAAUAUAUGUAUAUUUAACUGAGAUGUAGCAUUUAUUUUAUAUAAAACAUAUGGAACUGUUUAACAGUAAUUUUAUUUUAAAAUAGGGUGUUUUAUUGCAAUCAAACAUUAUGAGUAAUAUUUUUUCUAAUUGUAUUAAAUUCACAUUUAUACCUAAA